CUCAGUCGGGGCAGCGGGACCCGCAGGGCGGGGGCCGGGCUGCUGGCGGGAGGACCAUGUCUGCGAGUCGAGCCAAGAAAGUGAAGAUGGCCUCCAAGUCGUGCCCACAGUGCGACCUACAGGUUCCUGUUGCAUGUAAAUCUUGUCCCUGUGGUUAUAUAUUUAUUAAUAGGAAACUCCUGAAAGUGAAACAGUCAGAUAAGUCAUCACCUUUUACAGAAGCGAGCAAAACCAUGUCUCCGCAGGAUUUGCGAAUACUUUUCUUAUACGAGUUUAAACUGGGCCACAGCGCGGCCACGGCCAGCCGGAACAUCGUCUCCGUCUUUGGAGAAGGCGCUGUCAACGAGAGGACGAUCCGCUGGUGGUUCGAGAAGUUCCGUUCGGGGGACCUGAGUCUGAAAAACGAGCCUCGCGGGAGACCCAGGUCUGUCCUCAACCAGGACCAGCUGCGAGCCCUGGUGGAAGCCAACCCCAAGCACGCCAUCCGGGGCCUCGCCGCCGACCUCGGCGUGUCCACCACCACCAUUUCUCGACACCUGGCCGCCAUCGGGAAGGUGAAAAAGCUGGACGAGUGGGUGACAGCCGUUGAUGGGUGACCAUAAACAGGUAGUUGGAGAGACUUGAUGCGGCGUCAUGAGUGCGACAGAAAUGAAAUUGAAAGUGAUCCGAUCUGGACAGUGGUUGGAUGUUGAUGAAGUUCCCAAACAUGUCAAAAUCGCCGUUCAACCAAAAAAAGGAUCUGGUACCAGUUGGUGGUGUUACCCCACUGCUUGUUACCCCAGAUCGCUUUUACCGUUUUAAAGCGAGCUCGCGUUGUCAUGCAGCGGAACUCACGGACCGAAUCGCCUGGCGUGGUCUGCCUUCCCGUGGCCACAGGUGACCUCGGACGGCAGAGCGCCACGGGGAGGCGCCUGCAUCGAGCGAAGGAACUAGCGGUCCAUCAGGCUCCCUGACCUGGUAAAACAGUCCACCACGCUCCUUGUCAUUGUAACUAAGAAACAGAACAUUCUCCGACUGAGAAGCCGGAAUGAAUAUCUUUUAACAGGACUGGAUUUUAUAAAUGUAGUCUAUAUCCUUUAAUAUUGGGAGAUGUUUAUCACUUGGAGAAAGCAGCUAAUGCUAUCAGUGCAUAUUUUAGGUUGAAUGAAGCUGUUGGGUUUUU